GCGAGGUUAGACCGCAGCCAUAUAAAAGCCGCCCUUCUGCAGCCAUCCCUGCACUCCCAACAGCCCCUAGCCAGCGUCCAAAUAUGGCCUCUCCCCCACGCAGCCCAACAGCCCCUCGCUCCUCGCCGACCCGCACCGCGCCGCCCGGCUUCCUUGUGCCACCCAAACCGCGUAACACCCCGAUCGCACGAAUGACAGUCCGCGAGCUGCGUGACGCCCGCGCGCGCAAUGCUCGCAUGCUCGCAGAGCCGACAGCCUCCACCUCCGCGUACGCGCGCCGGGUCGCGGCGGAGCAGGCCCAGAUCGAAUCGCGCCUGGUUGAGCUCGUGGGCAUCGACGAAAUCCAGAACCAGCUGGAGGGCACUCGAUUGAGCGAUCCGGACGCGCAGAUGAACGUAGACGUCGCUUCUCCGCCUCUCCCACAAUACAAAGCCAUCUCCGCCAAACAAAGAGCACUGGCCAAAUUUGCAUCUCAUGCUUCACAUCAGAAUGGUCCAAGCAGCGGAUUGUCCUUCCAGGAGGCUAUUCAGAUCGAACAAGAAGCACACAUGGCUGAUCUCAAGAGACAAGAGGAGCUUGCCGAGAAGAGACGGCGACAAGGUUACAUUGACGACGGCGAACAGUUAACACGAGCGGAGAGAGAAGCCCGCAUGUGGGCAUUCAUGAACCACAAACCGACAGACUCAGACUUGGAGGACGACGACUACGAUGAAGACGACGACGACCCGGCUACAUGGUUUGUGGAUGACCAGGACGACGGUCGUAAAGGCCAAGACAUCGUCGAGCCGGAUGUUGACGACUACUCGAGCAUCAUUCGCAUCGACGAGAGCAGGAUACCCUGGUCGAUACCACGUGAAGAAUGAAAUUGUCAUUAUCGAGUCGUAAUUCCGCAGGGCAGCAGUGUAGUAAUGGUGUAACAGUGUGGGAUCCAUCCAUAAUCAUGACAGCACCAUAAGGGACGUAACGUGUCGAAGAGCAUGAAGAGCGUAACGGGAGCACCAGGUAUCUACCAAACACCCUUAGCGAGCGUGAAUAGGACAGCUCCGACCUCGCUGUAACCAAGACGAUAGACAAGCUAGGAUGUU